AUGGAGAAACUGAUACCAUUAAUAAGCAGACUGCAUAGCGUUUUAUCCUGGACCGGAGAGAACACUAUUGACCUGCCUGCUAUUGCAGUAAUUGGAGCCCAAUCGGUGGGAAAAUCGUCUGUACUGGAAGCCAUAGUUGGAUUCCCUUUUUUACCGAAAGGUUACGGUAUAGUUACCCAGAGACCUUUGAUCCUUAGGUUGUGUCAUGAUAACGGAUCUAGUGAUUACGGAGAGUUUGCGCACAAAAGAGGAACAAUUUAUGAUGACUUUCAGAAGAUAAAAGAGGAAAUAAAACUCGAAACUGAAAGAAUCACAGGGUCGACCAAAAAUGUGUCACCAGUUCCCAUCUUUCUUAAAAUCACAUCACCGAAAGUCAUUGAUUUAACAUUAAUAGACUUGCCGGGAAUAACAAAAGUGCCAGUAGGAGACCAAACAAACGACAUAGAAAUGCAAAUUCGCCAGAUGAUCCUCGAAUAUAUCACCAAGCCAACGUGCAUUAUUCUGGCAUUGUCAGCAGCAAACACGGAUAUUGCAACAUCAGACAGUUUGAAAAUGGCAAGAGAAGUAGACCCGUCUGGCUUAAGAACAAUAGGAGUGAUAACGAAGUGCGACAUGCUUGACAAGGGAGUGGAUGCAAUUGAGUUACUUCAGGGGAAAAUCUACAAGCUUAGAAAGGGGUACGUAGGAGUCGUUUGUAGAGAUAAGGAUGGAAAACCAGACGCACCUCACGACCAUAAUGAUGAAGAAAAAUUUUUCAAAAACCACCCAUCGUAUUCUUCUAUCGCUAAAAAAUGUGGAAUUCGGUACCUAACAAAUCUAUUAAAUGAAAUGCUCACUUCGCACAUCAAAGACAUGCUACCGUACGUAAAGUCAAAAAUUCUGACUAUAUUGCACGAAUAUGAAACGGAAUUAACAGUGUAUGGAGUGACGGACAUUACUAGCACCCCUGGAGCAUGCCUACUUCAUUACUUCACUAAAUUCUCACAGAGAUUUAAGGACACAAUUGACGGAAAGAUAGUUCCCAGACACCAAACCUCCAGACUGUACGGUGGAGCUAGGAUUUACUUCAUAUUUAACGACAGCUAUCUGAGGACGCUGAAUGCAUUCAGUCCCCUAACAGGUCUUUCAGAUAUUGAAAUUAGAACAGCUAUAAGGAACUCAACAGGUCCAUAUUCAGCUCUCUUCGUCCCAGAAAUUGCCUUUGAAAACCUUGUCAAGAAACAGAUCAAGUUGCUGGAAUCCCCUUCGCUUCAGUGCGUAGACCAGGUUUACGAAGAGUUACAGAAUAUUCUCGAGAACUGUGAUGUUCCUGAAAUAAAUCGUUACAUGAACAUGAGGAAUAAAAUAUUGACGGUGGUAAAAGACAUGCUUCGAGAGUGCCUAGAGCCUACAAAGGACAUCAUAAAAAAUCUAAUCAAUAUUGAACUGGCGUAUAUUAACACCAACCAUCCAGACUUUUUGAGGAAUUCCGCACUUGCUGAAAUUUACAACACUACAGGAGUUACCCAAAGAAACGAGUGCCAAACACCCUACAUAAACUCAAACAACCAAAUGAUGAAAACAGAAAUGGUAGGUUUGAGUAAAUCAAGAAGUGAGCAGUCGCUUUUUGACCCUAAGUUCGAGGCAUCACCUAAACUUUUAAUUCAGCCACUAAAUGAAUUCCCUGUGCAAAAUUCAAUGAUUAAAAACACGGAGGCUUCACCAAAGACCAUCAUGCACAACAAUAAAGUAUUGAGGGAAAAGAACAAGGAAAAUGCAAACGCGAUAUGGUUACCUAACAUCCCCAAAGUUGUGAUGCUAAACAAUGACCCUUCAGAAAGAGAAGUCGUAGAAACUGAGCUCAUCAAAACACUAAUAAGCAGUUACUUUUCAAUAGUCAGGAAAAACGUAGCGGAUUCUGUUCCAAAGUGUAUAAUGCAUUUCAUGGUCAACAAGGCCACGGAAUCAUUACAGCAGGAGUUAAUAGCCAAACUGUACAAGAAGGAGCUUUAUGAAGAACUAAUGGCGGAGUCCAAGUAUGUCAUCGAGAAACGUGAGAAGUGUAUACAUGUCGUAAAAUGCCUUAAGGAAGCUCUGGGAAGUAUAGAGGAAAUGUCAGAGUACAAACUAUUUGAGUGA